GGGCAAUCUAAAGAAUUUCAAAUAAAGAGCAAACCCUCUAGGUCCCAUCUCAUCUCUUCCCUCUCUGCAACUUUCUCUCACUUCAAGGUCUGUGCCGUAUGCGUCUUCUUUCAAUUUCUAUGGUUUUUCGCUCCAUUCUCUUGAAAUAUCGGUGUUUCGUACUCUUGGAGGAGAGCGAUUGUUAGGGUUUCUGAUGUUUCUGGGUUUUUUUCGCGGGUGGAUUAAUCAAAGAUAGUUGUGGAUGUUUCUAAUUCGUGUCUCAAUUGAUGGUGGCUUAAGUUAUUUCUAGUCCAUUACUGCUUGAAUAUAAAAGGAGAUUUAGUGUACAGUGUUGAGGAAAAUUAAAAAAAAAGAAAAAGAAAAGGUAGCAAGUAUGGGAAAAGUUUCCCCAAAAGAUAGGGAUUUGAAAACCCCCAAACAGAAAAGGCGAUUGCGGAGUUCUAGCAGCAGGUUUCUGAAACCAGGUGCCCUUGCUCAGCUUCGCUAUAGCAAGGCUUCAGCUACGAAGUCAUGUACUGAUCUUGGGAAGAAAAGGGUUGCAGUGUUCACCACCAAGAAGGCAGAGGAAGAUGAUCUCAUGAUUGAAAAUAAGGUUAUUGAUAAGAGCCCCAUGAUGUUAUCUCCUGUGGAUAUAGUUAAACAGAGUCAUUUGGUGAGGACACCAAAGACACCUCAAACUGAAGAGAAUGAAUCUGAGUCUAGGCUCGAGUGUCUUCCAAUGGAUUUACUGGUUAAAAUACUUUGUCACCUUCACCAUGAUCAAUUGAGGGCAGUUUUUCAUGUAUCUCGGAGGAUUAGAAGAGCAGUUUUGCUUGCAAGGCAAUUUCAUUUUAAUUACACAACACCAGAUCGCUCUCGGCAGGAGAUGUUGAGAACAAUGACCCCACGGCCUACUGAACACUGGCCUUUCAUGGGCAAGAAGGAUGGGAAGGCUGUUUUCAUGCCAAGCCCACACACUCCAAAAGCACCAAGACAUGGUCUCCGGCCACCUUCUCGCAUCAAAGUCACUGAGAUGAAGCAAAUUGCUGCUGUUCUUUUCCAAGAUUCAGCAUUUCCUUCAAGAUGCAUGGUACCAUCUGCUUUGUCAAAGCCCCUAUGCAAAUCUUUGGCUUCUAACAGGGUUUUGUUCUACGAGGAUGAGUUGUGCCAAGCAGUUGCUCAGAAUAAGCUUCGUUGAUGUCUAUCCCAUCGCCUGUUUGUUUUUGUGUAUAGUUUGUUUCCUAUCUCUAUAGGUAGUCAUAGCUUGGAAAGGAAGUAUGCAAUUUUGUAGCUUUUACUGGGUUAGCCGGUAGUAUAAGAAGAUAAUAUGGGCAUUAGAUUUGCACUAGGAGUUAGAAGAUUUAGGUGUGGCUGUGGGAAUAAUAUAUUGAAACUGGUUACUUGUAUAUUUCUGUGUUUGAAAGAAUGGUUUUCCCCUUUAAAAAAAAAAAAAAGAACAAGCGUUUGAAGUGCC